AUGGACUCCGUCGAGCCGGAACAGACGGCCUUCUCCUCCGUCACAGCACACACCUCGAAGCUACAAAGACAAUACCAGGCGCUCCUUGAUCAGUCCACGCCCUAUGUGCUCUACAGAUGGAUCAGCACCGGUGUCUUCCUCCUCAUCUUCUUCGCCCGCAUCUUUGUGGCGCAAGGCUGGUACAUCGUCGCAUACGCGCUCGGCAUCUACCUGCUCAACCUGUUCCUGGCCUUCCUGCAGCCCAAGUUCGACCCUUCCAACGAGGCGAUGGACAAUGAGAUGGAGGACGGCGGUGUUGGCAUUCUCCCUACCAAGCAGGACGAGGAGUUCCGCCCCUUCAUCCGCCGCCUCCCCGAGUUUAAAUUCUGGUACUGGGCCACCCGCGCCAUCCUCAUCGGCUUCUUCUGCAGUUGGUGGGAGAUCUUCAACGUCCCCGUCUUCUGGCCUGUCCUGGUCAUGUACUGGUUCAUCCUCUUCUUUUUGACGAUGCGCAAGCAGAUCCAGCACAUGAUCAAGUACCGCUACGUUCCCUUCACUUUUGGCAAGAAGAACUACGCCAAGAACAGCUCCUAA